AUGUCCACCAAGACCCCCGUUCUCACCGAUAAGGCCCCUAAGCCCCUCCCUGGCAUCUACUCACAGGCCAUUGUCGCCAAUGGGGUCGUGUACUGCUCUGGCGCUGUCCCCAUGGACGCUGCCACCGGCAAGCUGAUCGAUGGAGAUGUCAAGGCUCACACGCACCAAUGCAUCAAGAACCUGACUCACAUCCUCGAGGAGGCUGGCACCGAUAUCACAAAGGUCGUCAAGGUCAAUGUUUUCCUAUCCAACAUGGACGACUUUGCAGAGAUGAACUCUGUGUAUAUGCAGUACUGGGGAGACGUGAAGCCCUGCCGGACGUGA